GCGAACUUCCGAAUGAAUCACGAGCCUACUGGAAUCAAUAUCUCGCCGGAUAGCAACACAACACUUGCUGGAGACCGGACGAUCACGCGCCCUGUGUCCCGCUGAAUCUUCCGUCAUCAAUGAGCUGCUGCCGAACACAUCCACGUGACCACGUCCGAGAAGUUCUGAACCCAUCUUCACCGGGCGCUAUAAAUCAGAAGUGUCCCCAAGGCGAAACCACUCGCACUCCACUCUCGCAGCCUCUUGCUCUCUUCCAGCAGCUCUGUCGCUGAAGACCGUAAGAGAGGGAGGCCGCAGGCAAUGGCCACCGCUCGCGCUCUGUCCCUCGCCCUCCUCCUCGCGUUCUGCUUCGCCGCCUACGCCUGCGCGGCCGGCGAAAGGGAGCCCGUUAACAGGUACAUUUCGUACGCCGGCAGGCCCGAUGAGAAUGGCGCCUACCACGGACGGAUCCCUCCGGGCUGUUCGGCUUACACCGGGAGGUGUCCCAGUAGCCGCCGGGCUCCAACGCCGGUGGCCACGGGAUCGAAGGGCGAUCACAUGAGCCAUGCUGCUUUGCCGAGCUAUGAUAAGCAUCCGGCUCCGACAAAGGCUGGAGCCAAGAAGGAAGCCGCCGGCACCAAGGGUCGUUACAUAAGCCGUGCUGCAAUGUCCGCGGACUGCGGCCUUCUUGGGUGUCCCCCGCGCCCGUAACUGACGAACUGGAGAGGCUAGUUCUCAAGCGGAAGAAUAAACAUAGCACAACCGUGCAAGCCGUGGAGAACUUGGCAGGCGUGAGAUGUAACGCCGUAUUGUAUUUGCUGAGUCUGUGAGCCAUACAGGUAUCCUCGAACAACUACUCACAGGAGUUCUGAAUACCUGUAGUAACGCCGUAUUGUAUCUGCUGAGCCUGUGAGCCGUGUUUCUGAAUGUACCUCAACAAAGUGUAUUUCACUAGAAAUAGUGUCGGAAAGAGUUACCGUUUUAAAAUACAGAAGAUCCGAUCAAUAAGAGACAAACUUCUCAA